GUUACUCUCUUGAUCCCGACUCGUCUUUGGUUUGUCUGUUCGUCCAAGAUGGCGGCGCUUGUCGGGCUGCGUGCAUGUUUCUCCGCCCUUCAGCUUUCCUCGCCAGGCCUCCUGCACAGCUCCUACAAGCUGUGUGCAGUGCCCUUGAGUCGGCGAACCUUUGCUGCAGAGGCCAAGAAGACAUACAGCAGAGAAAAGCCUCAUGUAAACAUUGGGACGAUCGGCCAUGUCGAUCAUGGCAAAACCACGCUGACUGCAGCCAUCACAAAAGUGCUUGCUGAUGCCGGUGGCGCCAACUACAAAAAGUAUGAAGACAUCGAUAACGCCCCGGAGGAGAAGGCCAGAGGGAUCACCAUCAACGCCUCCCACGUCGAGUACACCACAGCCAACAGACAUUACUCCCACACAGACUGCCCCGGCCACGCCGACUACGUCAAGAACAUGAUCACGGGCACGUCUCAGCUGGACGGCUGCAUCCUGGUAGUGGCGGCCACCGACGGCCAGAUGCCUCAGACCCGCGAGCACCUCCUGCUGGCCCGGCAGAUCGGCGUGGAGCACGUGGUGGUUUUCGUCAACAAGGCCGACGCCGUGGACGACAAGGAGAUGCUGGAGCUGGUGGAGAUCGAGAUCCGCGAGCUGCUCACGGAGUUCGGCUACGACGGCGAGAACACGCCCGUCGUCAUCGGCUCCGCUCUCUGCGCCCUCGAGAACAAGCAGCCUGACCUGGGUGCGAAUGCAGUCUUGAAACUUCUGGAGAUUGUGGAUUCUUACGUUCCUCUUCCUAAAAGGGAGCUGGACAAACCUUUCCUCCUGCCCGUCGAAGGAGUUUAUUCAAUCCCAGGCAGAGGAACGGUCGUGACCGGCACUAUGGAGAGGGGGGUCAUCAAGAAAGGAGACGAGUGCGAGUUUGUGGGCCACAACCGCAACUUCAAGUCCGUGGUGACAGGCAUCGAGAUGUUCCACAAGUCUCUGGACCGAGCGGAGGCAGGAGACAACCUGGGCGCCCUGGUCCGAGGCCUGAAGAGGGAGGACGUGAAGAGAGGGAUGGUGAUGUGCAAACCAGGAGCCAUCCAGCCCCACCAGAAAGUCAAGGCCCAGGUGUACAUCCUGAGCAAGGAGGAGGGGGGCAGACACAAACCGUUCGUCUCCAACUUCAUGCCCGUCAUGUUCUCUUUCACCUGGGACAUGGCCUGCAGUGUCACUCUGCCCGAGGAAAAGGAAAUGGUGAUGCCGGGUGAGGACACGUCGCUGGUGCUGACGCUGCGUCAGCCCAUGGUCCUGGAGAAAGGCCAGAGGUUCACUCUGAGAGACGGAAACAGGACCAUCGGCACCGGCCUGGUCACGGACAUCCUGCCCACCACAGACGAGGACUUGGCCAAAUUUACCUGAAGGGAGACUCUGCUGGGGGAGGGAGGGGGGAGGGGAGGGGAGGGGAGGGAGGGGGGAGUGGAUGUGACCUCAUGUGAUCUGAUGAAUUAAUGUAGAAACACACAACCAGAACAGAAGAUAACUCGAAGACAUGCAUGGCUCGGUUACGCACUUCCAUUCAACCAAAACAAUACCUGCGGUGUGUGCAACUUCGUCGACUUCGUGGCUUAAAAAGUCAGAAUAAUGUUGUUCAUGUAAUAAAAUGUAUUUAAUAAAAUAAAUAAAAAA